AUGCGCACCAUCAUCAUCCCGAACUCGUACGCAUCUAAUAACGACCCUCGCAACCCCGCCUCUGGCUAUGCAUACAUCAUAGUGAGCGUUCAGCAGAGCUCCCUGCAUCUUCGACCCACCUCAUUCAGACACCCGCAAGACUCACUCAGCAUGUCGUCCACCACGCAAUCAUCACCUCCUCGAGCCGGCUCUUACAUCCUUGUCUCAUCCACAGCGAAUCUCGAUGAGCCCGAAACCAUACCUGGAGAGGUUCCACGAUCGUCUAGCUCCAGACCUCGGCUCUUCUUCCUCUUACCGCUGGUCGCUGCUCUCGAUGUCGCAACCGCUCUCACUCUCGGCAUCCUCGUUCUGACGCAGCUGUCCAGACACGAUGAACCGGCAAUGCGCAUUAUGAGCAAGGUGUCGCACCACGAUCCCUUGUUGACACUCUCGUCACUCGAUCCUGAGAAUAGCAAAUCGGGCAAUGCGGCGUGGGAGCGUCGCAAGAUUGUCGUGCUCGUCAUGGCUUUUUCCGUCGCGCGUGCGUGCGCGUAUGCGAUUGUGGGUUUCAGCAAACGCAUUCGCCAGCUCGGUGUGACGGUCGCCGCCAUCAGCAUCCUGAGCACCCUCUUCUACGUUUCCGUUGCAAACCUGCUCUUCCAGGCGAGACCGAAGCCAGGUGUACUGGACACGCCUAACCUCUCCUGGUCCAGCAUCUUUGCGUCGGACACGUGGCGCUGGCCCGACGCAUUCCGACAUUUUGAGCCAACGAUGCCCAUCCUCGUCGGUGCUCAGAUGGCUUUCACGUUGCUCGAAUGGAUUCUGUACAUCGCCAUCGUCGGCGUCAAGGUUCCACCGGGCGGCAAUCCGGUGCAAGCGAAACGCUGGGCGAGGGAUUUGGCGCAAGAUCCGCAGUUUCGGCGCGGAGUCGAUGCGCAGAGCCUCUACCCUUCGGACGAUGGUCAGGAGGCAACAGCUGCCGAGACUGAGCACAGCGCGGGGGGCUCGCACACGCAGACUGAAGCCAACAUGGAACAAGGUAGAGCGCAGCUUUCCUCGCCCAUCUCGAAUCCUUCUCGUGGAGGUCAAGCGGACGGCAGCGAACAGCCUCUGCUAGGUGCGAGCCCUACGACCCCCCGUGGGUAUGGCAGUAUCCUUACCGAACAAAUGACGCCCCAGGCGCAGGGAAGUGUGCGAAGCGCGCGCUCGCCCGCAGCAGCACCGUCGCAGGGUAUGAGUCGCAGCGCAUCGGCCCGCUCGGGUCUGUACUCGAAAUCGCCCGGCGCUGCUGAACUCGGCGUCGGCGGCAUACACGCAGAGGCGCUCGAGGACGAGGAUGACGAGGACGAUGAGCAUCGAGAUGGUGAAGGCGACGAAGAAGCCGAGGGCAGCGAUCCAGACGAUAUCAUCGACAUCACACCCAACCGUGCUGUAGCGCGAAAAGAAGCUCGCCUGAGACUGGCACGUGCAGCUUUGCCCGAACGACGGGCGUCCGGAGGCACGCUAUCGACGCUCAGCAUCUUUGGCGGCGGUGCUGGUGGCUCAAGUGGCGAUGCAGCUCCAUCCAGAAACGACGGCGGAGGCGCGCAAGGUGUCGGCGUCUUUUCCGACGAAGCGGGCAGUCCGAUCGCACGCAACAACCGAGGGGAAACAUCGGCAGCGCCUUUGCUCAUGGUCGGCGCUUCCGACGAACCAACCAGAGCCGAGUCUGCAGCUGCGGAUACAUCGAUGCAGUCGUCCAACUCGAUGACGCUUCCAUCGUCGAGCAGCACACGUACCGUAUCCACCAGAGCGAGCUCGUUCAAAGAUCGCAAGUUCAAGCUGCCAAAGUGGAUCAAGCGUGGAAGCAAGAAGGGAAGGAUGACGGACCACGAUGUCUAG